CACCAGGAUGGGUCUACGAUGGACUUCAGUUCUUCUGCUGAUGCAGCUGAGCGGUUACUUUAGCUCGGGGACUUGUGGAAAAGUGCUGGUGUGGCCCACAGAAUACAGCCACUGGAGGAAUAUGAAGAUAAUCCUGGAUGAACUUGUCCAGAGAGGACACGAGGUGACUGUACUGGCAUCUUCAGCGUCUGUUGUUAUUGAUCCCAGCAAAACAUCUGCUAUUAAAUUUGAAGUUUAUCCUACAUCUUUAAGUAAAGAUGACUUUGACGGUUUUUUAAUGAAACUGCUUGAUAGAGCAAUAUAUGAUCUUCCAAAAGACACAUUUUGGUCACAGAUUUCACAAACAGAAGAAAUCAUUUUGGGAUUUUCUGCACUUAUGAGACAGCUUUGUAAAGAUGCAGUUUUAAACAAGAAACUUAUGACAAAGCUACAAGAGUCAAAGUUUGAUGUCCUUCUUGCAGAUGGCGUUGGUUUCUGUGCUGACCUGCUGGCUGAGAUACUUAAAACGCCACUUGUGUACAGUCUCCGCUGCUCUUCUGGCUACACAUUUGAGAAGCAUGGUGGAGGACUUCUAUUCCCUCCUUCCUAUGUACCUGUAGUUAUGUCAGAAUUAAGUGAUCGAAUGACAUUCAUGGAGAGGGUAAAAAAUAUGAUAUAUGUGCUUUAUUUUGACUGUUGUUUCCAAGGAUAUGAUAUGAAGAAGUGGGAUCAGUUGUACCUUGACGUACUAGGUAGACCCACUACGUUCUAUGAGACAAUGAAGAAAGCUGAUAUGUGGCUUAUUCGAACCUAUUGGGACUUUGAUUUUCCUCGCCCACUCUUACCAAAUUAUGAUUUCAUUGGAGGACACCAUUGCAAACCUGCCAAACCUCUGCCUAAGGACAUGGAAGACUUUGUCCAGAGCUCUGGAGAGAACGGUGUGGUGGUGUUUACUCUGGGGUCAAUGAUCAGUAACAUGACAGAAGAAAGGGCCAAUGUGAUUGCUUCAGCCCUUGCCCAUAUCCCACAAAAGGUUCUAUGGAGAUUUGAUGGCAAAAAACCAGACACCUUAGGACCCAACACUCGGUUGUACAAGUGGAUACCCCAGAAUGACCUUCUUGGUCAUCCAAAAACCAAGGCUUUUAUAACUCACGGUGGAAUCAAUGGUGUCUAUGAGGCCAUCUACCACGGGGUCCCUAUGGUGGGCAUUCCUUUGUUUUGGGAUCAAGCAGACAACAUUGUUCACAUGAAGGCCAAGGGAGCAGCUGUUAGAGUGGACUUCAACACAAUGUCAAGUACAGAUUUGCUCAAUGCUUUGAAAACAGUCAUUAAUGACCCUUUAUAUAAAGAGAAUGCUAUGAAAUUAUCAAGAAUUCAACAUGAUCAGCUAACAAAGCCCCUGGACCGAGCAGUCUUCUGGAUCGAGUAUGUCAUGCGCCACAAAGGAGCCAAACACCUUCGGGUUGCAGCCCACGACCUCACCUGGUUCCAGUACCACUCUUUGGAUGUGGUUGGGUUCCUGCUGGCCUGUGUGGCAACUGCUAUAUUCAUCAUAACAAAAUGUUGUCUGUUUUUUUGCCGGUUAUUUACUACAGCAGGAAAGAAGAAAAAAAUGCAGUAAUUAGAUCUAGACCUGAUCAUGCCAUAAUAAAGAGGAGUCCCAUGGAAGAAGGCAACCCAAGUCCCGGUGGACGUGCCAGCCUUUAGGUGAUCUAAUGUACCUGUUGAAGAACAGGGAAAAAUGAAAAUAUUGAUCUUUUCACUGAUCUUUCUUUAGUUAAUUUGUUCUGCAUAUCAGAUGGAGAUACAAGUCCUUAGUGACGAUUUCCCUAGAUUAUUUUCUCUUCUCCUGAUCUGUCUCAUGGCUGGGUUUGUCAUCCUAGACCUCAAUUGGUGAGUCAUCUAUGAUGUCUGAAUUUGCAGAAGAUGGUUUCUCGGAUCACCUACAGGGUGUAAUAAAUAGUUCCACACUCAGAGAAGUCAUGUCUUCUUCUUGCCCCUCCCACUAUUUGAUGUUACGUACCAGGUGACAGCAAGGACCCACAAUCCUACUAGUGUCUUAGACACGAAGUGGGGUUAAAUCUCUCUUUUCAGGUGUAAUCCUUUUCACCUUGUCAAUCCUCAUGUUUGUAGUUGUUCCUUAUGCCAUUCGUCAACUGGUCAGUAGUGGCAAUCUCUGUUUUUAUAAAUCUACUGCCAAAGCUUUGCAAUUACAUAAAUAAAUAUAAACCUUCCAUCUAAAACAUCACCCCAAUUCCACAGGAAGUAGUUCGAUGACUAUGUCACCCCUCUUCCCAUAGAUACAGAAGGGUAAAAUUGGGAGUGGGGAAUAUGUAACAGGUAAAGACCGAGAAAAGUUGAAAUGUAUUGCAAGAUAUCUCUUUAAAAUCUCCCCCACUCUUUUUGAGAAUUAAAACCUCCAUGCCUGUGCCAGGCCAGUGGUCAGGAGGGGCAGAGAAGUGUCCUUUGGUCUUUGUACCACAGGACAUGGCUCAAUGGAACUGUCCAUUAAGCAGUCAUGAGAUUGUCUUUGCUGGAAAUGGCAUUGAUCAGAACCAUCAACUAUAGUUAAAUAGCAAUACCUUGAAGCUGAAUACCCUUCCUUUAAAAGCUCUGUAUCUUUGCUCUAUUUGCAAAUUAUAU